UUAACCGAGCCCGCAGCAUUCAUUUUCCAAUCGCAGAACAGUGUGGUGCAGCUGGAGGUGCAAGUGCGUCGUUUGUGAAAAUAUUCGUCUUUUGACUAGAUUAACAUUGAAAUUUAUAGCACUUAACGUGUUGAUUUGUUCGUGAAAUAUUCUUUAAAACCGAUCUCGUCAAAUCUCUCAGCAAUGGAUCAAAUCGCCAAGAUCUACGAGCCGGGCCGUUCCUUCGCCAAGGACUCGAUCCGGUUGAUCAAGCGCUGCACCAAGCCCGAUCGUCGGGAGUUCCAGAAGAUUGCGAUCGCUACCGCCAUCGGAUUCUGCAUUAUGGGAUUUAUCGGUUUCUUCGUCAAACUGAUACACAUCCCGAUCAACAACAUCAUCGUAGGAUCGUAAAUCCCGGUGUCCCAAAGUUGUCAGGGUGUUUUGGCGUAGGGCGAGUUUUUCGUACAUUUUUUUCUGAAAGGGAGCAGCACUGGAACAAACAAUCAGCAAAACGAUUAAGAGACUGGCAAUAGGAGAUGGUGACGAGCAGAAGCAGUAAAGUUAUGUUAAUGUGUGAACUUUAUCCUCCCUUGGUAAUGCUAAAUUAUGAUUACUUUGUCGCGUUCAAAACAACAUAACACAACCAUACCCCAAUACC